AUGAAUAGGGGCAAACCUCGGGCUUCCACUUCGCCAUUGCCCGAUCAGUCCAGCAGAUUUUCGCUGUCCUUCAGCCUGAACAAAACCAAACAACAAACAGAUCCCGGUAAUAUGAUUGUGGAGUCAAUCGAGGAUCUUCGACAAUUCAGUGUGUUCAUAUUCAAAAAGCAAUCGAACCUCGAACAGAACAAAAACAAGCGAGACACUGUUGUCGACGCAUUGUUCAAAAAAUCCCUACGAGAAUUUCACAUGGAACUGAUCGGCUAUGAGGCUGUGCUUACGGAGGAGCGAACGGUUCUGAAAUAUCGCGACUUGAUUACGACCUUCGAAGGAGUGCUCACCAAGGUUUGCAAAGAAGAAAAGGUCUCAUUUCCGACGACGCUCGGCGUCAAUGCCUUCAGAGGGUUUCUGAACGAGUUCAUGCAGACUCAGAAGAAAAAGGGCUCCAAGCAGAAGUCGGGCAUCAUCAAGCUCCAUGCAGGUCAUCGUUUCAAGUCCGACUUGGUGCAUGUGCCCACAUACUGCGAGGUCUGCAAUCAGUUCAUGUGGCACGCCGAAAAGAUUUUCAUUUGCGUUGCUUGUCGCAUCUCUUGCCACAAGAAAUGCCACUCAAAGAUCACGCAGUUGUGCACGAUGAGCAUUCCUUCGAGUAUGUCCACUGCGACUGGUGGCCGAUUCUUUGGUGCGGUCUUGGCUUCGCUUGUGGACGAGGACCAUGUCAUACCUCCGCUAGUGGAUCGUUUGUUCAUAAAUGUCGAAACUAGGGCACUUUUCGUGGAGGGAAUUUAUAGGAAAAGCGGUUCGCUUGCUCAAAUCCGAAAUGCUCGUCGAGUGAUUGAGACUGCUCCAGAUUUUGAAACAGUAUCCUUGGACGAUGUGCAAGUUCAUGUGCUUACAACGCUGGUUAAGUCAUUUCUAAGGGAACUUCCUGAGCCGCUGAUUACAUUCGAUUUAUACGAGAAUUUCCUGAAUGUGUCUGAAGUGGACGACGGUGUUGAACGAGGUCGAUGCUUAGCGGUUAUGAUAGACCUACUUCCAAAGUCUAAUAGGGGUUUGUUGGAUCGGCUCAUGUUCCAUUUAGCUAGGGUAGCCUACCAGGAAGCAGUGAACAAGAUGGGACCAUCAAAUCUCGCUUUGAUUUUUGGCCCUUGUAUCUUGAGAAGGCAAGACAGUGUUCAUGCACAGGAGCAACUGAAUGACGUUUCACGUCAAGCCAUAUGCGUGCAAACAUUAAUCGAAGAGAAGCUGAGACAGUACAGAGCCACUAUGAUCAACAUCGUUGAAUUGGAAGAUGCUAGUCAAAAGGUGUCUGCUAAUUUGCGACGCAUAGAGGAGCACCAGCGUGCGGAUACGGUAGCGAAUCCGCCGCUUGGAACUGCCAAGCAACUCUUCGAGGAACAGCUUGACUUCCUCGGCAGACAAAAGGAGAGGUUAUUGCAAGAGCUUCCUCCAUUGGCUCCUGUCGCUUCUUCAGAAGAUCUUUCCUCUUCUGACGAGCAUUCAUCAGGAACGUCACAAGAAGAAUACGCCAUUGACAUGGAUGCGCCUCCAGUGUUCGGAGUCUUAUAUCAUGCCUGUAAAUAUCGAGCGAGACCGCCUCCUGGAAGAAAACCGCCGUCCCGGUUUCGUCGAUCACCCGCUGUUCUUUUUUACACUCCACUGCCUGAUUAGGCUGC